UGACACGCCAACCGGCGAGAGUGAGAAUUUGUUCGCGAAAAAAUGCUUUUCAAUGGCUCCAGUUUGAUUAUUUUAUUAUUUUGACAAGAAUAAUUUUAUUAAACAUUAAUAUUAUCAAAAAGAAAGUAAUACGAACCGUUUACAGCUUUUAAAGAACAGUCCAGUGGCAUUUUUCUAUUGGUAUAAUCGGCGUCCAUACAAAACAGUUGUUGUAACGUGUGAUUUCAGAAGAAAUGUUAAUAAUUGCAAUAGAAGAAGUGACGCAAAUAUUAACUAAACAUUAUAAUGUAAAAAUAUGAACUAAAAGUGGCAUAGUUAGGUAUUUCUAAUAGAAAUAACAUUUGUUCCUCAUGGGGACUAAAAAAGAGUCCAAUGGAGACUUUAACGUUUUACAAUUUGAAAAACAACUUCUCAAUUUAAAAGAUUCCCAAGAAGCAAUUAACAAUUGUUGUCAGUGGUGUUUACAAAAUAGAGUUCAUCAUAAGAAAAUCGUCAAUUCUUGGCUUAAUAUUUUAAAACGAGUCAAAGUAGAACAGAGGCUUGUUCUAUUUUACUUAGCCAAUGAUGUUGUUCAGUAUUCGAAAAGAAGAAAUUUUGAUUUUGUUGAAAGUUGGGGUACUGCCUUACAGAAAGCUACUACAAUGGUUAGGGAUGAAAAAGUUAAACACAAAAUAUUUAGAAUAUUCAAAAUUUGGGAACAAAGAGGUGUAUAUAAUGAAGAAUUUAUAUCAGAUUUGUGUGGACUUUUAAGUGUUUUACCUAGUGCUCCCAAAAAUGAUGAACCGCAUGAGUUUCAGCCAAAUUAUGUGAUAAACAAAAUUAAAACAUGUACGAAACUUGAAACAGAUACAGACAUUAAAUUAAAACUUCUCAAAGAGCAUAAUCCAAAGAUACAAUUGGACGAUGGGCUUAUAAUGUCAUUAAAAGAUCGUGCUCAUGUGGACGAUGUUGAAAAGGAAAUAGAAGUGUAUAUUAAACAUAUGGAAGACUACAUAAAUGCAUUAAAAUUAGAAAUCAAAAACAGAAUUACAGUUAUAAGUGUACUAAAACAGGCGGAAACACAACUCGAAGCUGAUCGAAAAGAUGUGAAAGUUGUUGCAAAUGCCUACAAAAUGUUUGGUACUCGGGUAAAGACGUUUCAGCGAAAGUUAGAAGAACACAAACAAACAUUAAGCAGUCCUGUUCCAUCUCCUGAUAUCAAUGCUCCUUCGCCCAGUCCAGAUUCUGAUAUAGAUUUACCGGAGGAACCGAUUAACAACGAUGUACUGGCCGUUGUUAAAGAGGUUCCAACUGCAGACUACAACCCAAAAGCUGAACUUCAGUAUAAUUCAGGUUACUACACCCCAAUUGUGAAUGACACUAGUACGGACGGUGGCAACACAUUUUUGAGUGCCAAUGGUUUUUCUAGUUUUAUGGGUUCAGAGACAUUUAAUUUAGAGACUUUCAACAGCAGCUUGUUCAGCAAUAUCAGCAGUUUUACGAACUCGAAUGAAUCUGCUGCAGAAAGCUAUACACCUCCAAAAGUAGCCACUCAAAAUCCUCCAUUACCUGUAGAAGCCCCUUCACCACAACCUUCCUACGGCUACGGUUCUAGUCAUGUACCGCUGUUGCCGCCCCCAAUGCCGCCAUUUUCCAAAUCUGAUGAUGACUUUGGAAACUCUGGCAGUUAUGAGGCUAGCUAUACAACACAUAUGGAAUCUACUGUUCCUUUAGGUAACUCUUAUACAACAUCGUCAUAUGAAGCGAAUGCAAAUUAUGCACCAAGCAAUGAUAACUUUGGAGAAGAUUUUGAACCACCACUGGGUGCAAAUCCAUAUCCUCCCAGUGAAGAAUAUAAUCCAGAAGAUGACGUAACGACGUGGGAGCCAGAUGCUAGCUGGAAUGGUGUGCCUCCUGUUGUUCCUCCGGAUACAGAUACCCCUGAAAGCCCUCCAAUGUUUGAAAAAGAAGGUUACAGUGACCCUGUAGAGUAUCACGACAAUAUUUUAGCAACUGGAGCUGUAGAUGUAGAUCAUAGAGUCAUUCCGGGUGUCUCAAAUGACUUGGAAGAUUCUAUGAGCAGCAGCAUGGGAGCAAAGGAUGUUGACCAUCGAAAUCUUAUCAGUUUGACGGGAUCUCCGGGUCAUUCUAACUCCCAAAAUUCUGUUUCUGACUCGCUUUGGAAUCAGACAGAUCAAGAUUACAGAAUACCUCCUCAAAAUGUUCCACCUCCAAAUUUAACAACGCCGCCUAUUGCGACGAUGGAUCAAGACUAUAGGCUCGGAUUUAACAUCGAUCAGCUUAAGCUUCCCCCUCCACCACCGCCUCCUCCGAAGUUUCAGGAGGAGCGGGAACGUGUUAAUAAUCCAGCACCGCCUGCUUCUCCCGAUCAUAUGGAUAUGGAUAUGAGCGAUGAGGAGAACAGGCAACAUAAACACGACAAUCUUAGAGUAAUCAUUGAUGGCAAUAGAAACGAAGAUCAAUCACAAUUCAUGCUUGAACCACCGCCACCUCUUCCAGAACUUCCCGAAGACGCUGAUGCCAAUAAUUUCCUUGAUGAUCUCAGCAAUGAAUUAAAUGAUUUUGAUAAAGACGAUGAUAACACUCCGCUACUUCUGCCGCCGCCUCCUAUGAUGAACUUCAACAGUUUGGUUGGUCCACCUUUAAUGCCACACAUGAACACAUCAGUGCCGCCACCUCCUCCACUUCAGCAUCCACCUCUUCAACAUCCACCUCUACAGCAUCCACCUCUUCAACAUCCACCUCUACAGCAUCAACCUCUACAGCAUCAGCCUCUUCAGCAUCCUCCUCUUCAGCAUCCGCCUCUUCAGCAUCCGCAUCUUCAGCAUCCGCAUCUUCAGCAUCCGCCUCUUCAGCAUGCACCUCUUCAGCCUCCACCAAUGAUGCCGGGUAUGUCGCUGGGACCAUCGCAUAAUCCUUGGUUGAAUGAAGAUGAUCAAGAUCUUGUAAAUAAUGAAAGUUUAAACGAAGAUCGCCAGUGGAUGGAUGAUAACUAUUCUGAAAUGGACCAUCCGCAGGAUAACUGGAUGGGACCACCUCCGCCCAUGCCUCCACUAGACUUUGGCGGGUUUCGCGGUAGGGGUAAUAAUCGAGGAAACUUCGUCAAGCGAGGAAGAGGCCGAGGAGGUAAUUUCAGAGGUAAUUUCCGAGGCAAUAGAGGAAAUAGAGGUGGCAAUAGAGGAUUCUUCCCAAGGGGCAAUUACAGAGGAAAUUUCCAAAGGGGUGGCAUGUGAUGAAUUUAGUAAUGUGUGUAUAAUAGUACUAUUGAAUUUUUGUAGAGCCUGUUACAAGGAACUAAGACACUAGGCAUUUUUUUAAACAGAGUGAUCAUGAAAGUAUUGCUAGACUAAUCAGUGUAUUAGAAAAAAUAUAUAAGACUAAAAUUUUUAGUGUAAAUAAUAGAUUACUUAUGUUUGGUAUAAUUGUGAAACGAAUUUUGAUUUAAUUUUUUAUAUGAUUAAUGUAGGUUUUUUUCAAAUAUAUUAAAAUUAGUUAUGGGCUUUUGAAGUAAAUACAUAUUUUGUUAGCAUUAUUCCUAUUGAAUCAUAUUAUUACCCAUGUGAAACAUUCUCACACUAUCAUUGGCUUUUUCCAAAUUAUCCAUCUCUUCCUUGGGGUUUUUAUAAUUAGUGAUUUUGCUACUAGUCAGUGUGGAUCCAUUCUUUAAUUCCACUCUUUACAUAGUGUUAAUGUUCUACUGGACACUCUUGAAUCAACGUUCCUGAUUCUAUUUCUGCAUACGUCUUUAAAAGAUCUGGUUUGUAAUAUUUUUUGCACAUGUAUUCCUUUUGCAGAUUUAUAGAUGGUUAUAGAUGACUUCCCUAUUCAAACACUUGAUUAUUUAUUUUCGUGCCUAUGAUAUAUUUUCUCGAGAACUGUUUUUAGGUUAUUAACUAGACAUCUUUUAUCAAGUAGAAUAAUAUUACUGCAAAUUAAAGCGUAAUGAUUUUACUUCGGUUUUCUGUCUUAAUACAUAUAUCAAAUCAUUGUGUAGUAAACCUUUUUUUUUUACAUUUAAAAUUUAAGACUUCUAUCAUUUUUCAAAAAUAUAUUGGUAAUUUGCAAUACUUUCUUGGUAUUGCGUAUUAUGUUUAAUAACAUAAGAAAUUAUUCUUAAAUAAAAUUCAUUUUGUACAUAUAGGAUUACUUAUAUAGAGUUAAUAGUGUAUUUCAGAUUUGUUGUUUUCUAUUUUUCGGUAGAUGAUUCAAUUUUAUAAUUUUUUUGUUUCUUAGAAAAGUGAAAUACUUUUUUUAUGAAGGUG